AUGCGCAACAGAUUCCAGUCCACCCCAGCAGGGGUUAACUCAGCCGAGCGCAAAGCACGCAAGCCUAAGUGGAACUCAAAGGACAGCCCCCUUGUUCAACAAGGGACGGUUGAAGAGGAUGCACGGAUUAUGUACUUCUGGCUGAUGGACAUUUUGGGGAAGUCUUCUAUAAAGUCAGUGGCAGGACUCCACCCAUCAGAUUCGUCUUGUAAGGAGCAGCGAAGGUGUAUCAAGAUGGAAACUCCACGUGGUGAGCUUAAGCGAGCGAGCCCACAGCAAGUGGAGGCAGCUGCCACUGAAGUGUUCUUGGCCCAUGCCAUCGACCUGAAGGACUGCAUCAGUGAUGCUAGUUCUCCUAUUGUUGAAGCAUUCCUCAAUGUCUUACAUGGUGGCCUCCACACGGAGGUUCCAUUAACAUUGGGAUCAAGAAACCUUAUAAAUGCUGUUGACAAGGAAGUAGGUUCUAUUGGUCUCCAGGGAAUGGAUGAGAAGAAUCACACAAUGGUGACAGAAUUUCUUCUUCUGGGAUUCGGGAACCUCGCCCACUUCAGGAUUCUGACCUUCAUCAUCCUACUGGUCAUUCAUAUAAUGGCUUUAUCUGGAAAUAUCCUUGUUAUUACUUUGGUUGCAUCCAAGAAGAGUCUUCAUUGCCCGAUGUACUUCUUCCUCAGCCAGCUGUCUCUAUCGGAGAUCUUGUUCACCACCAACAUUGUGCCAAAUAUGCUGAGGCUUAUCCUGGAGGGUGGAGGGAAAGUCUCUGUUUCUCAGUGUAUUUUCCAGUUCUACUUAUCAGCAGUUCCAACCAUAGCCCAAUGCUUGUUGUUGGCAGUGAUGUCCUUUGACCGGCACGUGGCCAUCUGCAGGCCACUACACUAUGCCAUCGUUAUGACCUUCACGCGCCAAAUACAUAUGGUCAGCCUCUGCUGGUUGUUGGGUUUCUCUUUGUCCAUUGUUGUAUACGUUUUCCUAAGGAAAUUGACAUUUUGCUACCAUAACAUCAUCGACCAUUUUUUUUGUGACAUUGCUCCUCUGGUUAAGCUCUCUUGCUCGGAUACGUCUUCGGUUGAACUAGUCACGGCUUUGCUUGCUUAUCCCAUUAUCUUGUCUCCAUUCUUGUUCAUCGUGGUCAGCUACAUCUCCAUACUACAGACAGUCCUCAAUAUCCCCACCAGCAUAGGAAGACAGAAAGCUUUCUCCACCUGUAGCUCCCACCUGACCUCUGUAUGUCUGUAUUAUGGGACGUUAUCCUCCAUUUACAUAUUUCCAUUGAAAGAGAAGUUCAUAAAUGCAAACAAGGGUCUGACGUUACUUUAUGCCUUAGUGACUCCUCUGUUCAACCCUCUGAUCUACAGCUUAAGGAACCAGGAUAUUAAAAACGCCAUUUUCCAGCCAAAAGCCAGAUCCAGUGGGAAAAUGACCCAAGCAGAGUUACUAGCUGAUUCCAUCUGGCUUAUUGAAUUGAAUGGGUACGGCACAGUUCCGGCAGGGAUCCUGCAGCAGCUGGUUUUGACAUUCUCCCAUUGGAUCCAGCUGCCAGAAGGAUCAAACGAGGUAUGA